UUUUAGGGGAUGGAUCCGACAUCACUCGGAUUUGUGGCUGUAAUUGCUGUUUUGAUUAUUAUAAUUUCAAUUAUUGUCUUUAAGAUGUAUCCAAAGGAAACCGAUUUUGAAAAGGCUUAUGGCGAAAAUGCUCUACGAUUGCUCACUGAAGAUCGUGCGAAUAAGACAAAAAGCGCAAAAAACAAAAAUAAAGGGAAGAAUGGUGAUAAGAAAAGAGAUUUAGGAGCAGAAGAAAAACAGAAUCGAAAUGAAAAACCUGCAAAUGGUGAUUUACAUUAUAUUCCGUUAUCGACGAAUGGUCACUGUGGAACCGAAGGAUGGAAUGGUACGAAUAAUGGUGAAGUUGAUGGAAAGCCGAAUCAUAAGAAACUCAAGGGCAAACAGCUGGUGGCUGAAAUCAUGCAACAUACAGAAUCGGCGAAAGAUGAGAAAGUUGCUGUUGCCAAAAACAUGGAAGGUUUAUCAGGGCAGCGAGUUGUUGCCGAGAAGCUGAAUGAUGAGCCGGAGGUGGUACCUUCUGCAAGGAUUCUUCACGAUGAAAAUAAGGGAAGUGAUGUUGGCGAACGAAAAGGGAAGAAAAAAAAUCGUGUGCGACGAAAUAAAGAAUAUUUACGGGAAAUCACGAAGGGAGAAGUCAGGGUGACGGAAGAAAUAGUCCCAGCUAUGGACGUUAUACCACCUCUCGAAAGUGAGCAGGAAAAGCUGGAAAAACCGAAAUCAAAAAAACCAAACCCAUUAAAAGAUAUCAAUGCGAACAAACUUCAAGCACGUUUGAAUGCUAUCGCAGAGCUUGAGCCAGAGUAUGUCACAUUCCUCACGAAUUAUAUCAACAAUGUGAAUACGCAGAGAGCCAAAUUAGAUGGUGAAAUUGCUCUGAUGAGGAAACAAAUUGCUGACAAAGAUCGUCUCGUCUUAUAUUGCACCAAUAAACUCACCACAGCCGAACAGAAGGAUUCAGAAAUUGCUAUGCUUCAGAAAACGUUAGCUGAAGAAAAGAGGAAGUACAAAAUGUUUGAGCAAACAGUGUGCGCUCAAUUGAGUAAUAAUGCGCAGGAGAAGUCGUACUUACAGCGAAAAUACGAUCAGUUGCAAGGAGAAUUUGGUGCACUCAGGGAAGAAAUGAAAAAGGCGCAAUCUGUUAUACACUCGGCGCCACCACCCAUUGAUACCAAACCUUAUCAGCAACAAAUUGACCGACUGAAAGCUGAAUUAACGUCGAGCAAAAAUCGUUGUUCGCAGCAGGAACUGGAGUUAAAUCAACGAUUACAAGCACUGCAGCAAAUAAGGAAGGAGUUACAGAAUCAAGAUUGUCAGAUAGAACAUUUGAGCAAAACGAACGCUUUACUCGAGAAACGUUUACAAGAGGUGGAAGGCAAUGCGAAAGCAGAACGUGAUACGCUGGAGAAGAAACUGCAAAACACGAUGAAAGUGGCAGAAGAGUUAAGCGUAGUGACUUCCGAGAUUCGGGACGAAAUGUUGCAACAUAGAGGGAAUGCCGAAACAGCGGUUCAGGAACGAGAAAAGCAUUGCGAGCAAAUUCAUAUUUUAAAUGCACAACUUAUGGAUGCCAAUCGAGAACGCGUGAGGUAUUUGAAUGAUUGUGCUGUAUACAGCAAAAAAUUGACCGAAAUGGAAACUGCGAACGCUGAGUUAAGCGAGCAACUGAAAGUGCUGCAGAACACAAGUGCAACAAGUGAUGCAAAUUGUAGUGAGUUAACGAAGGAAGUUGAAAAAUAUCGAAAACAGCUUGUUGAUAUUAUGGAAGCGCAUGAUAAGGAUGUUGCCAAGCUAAAAAAUCAACUAGAAUGUGUCCAGGAAGAGAAGGAAAACAUUUCUAAGGAAGCAGUUGAAGUUGCAAAAUGCCGUAAAGAAUUAAACGAAUUUAAGAUUGAGUACGACAAAAAAUUGAACCGUAUUGUCUCUUUGGAAGAGGAAGUUGCAAAAUAUAAGGAAAUUGAAAUAAAAAGAAAAACGAUGGUGCCUUCUCCUGAUAAUAAUGGCACAGACGUGAAUGAAAAAAUGAUGAAGCACAGAGUCCAGUCGGCUGCAAAAGAUGAUGUAGUUUGCGGUAAUAAUGUUAAUUUAGAGGUCACCAGACUGAAAAGGCAAAAUGAGGAGUUACGUAAGGCAAAUUAUAAGGUUGUAGAAAUUUCGCAGCAACAGGAAGCCAUUUUCAAGAAGCACUUGGAAGAACUGAAGAAAAAGUAUGAGGUAGAGCUUCAACAGUAUUGUUGCAAGGUAUUCGAGACGCUGUGUGCAAUUGCACCGCCGAAUAUAAAAUUGCCGAAUCUAUCGAAUAUUUAUGAUAUGGAUCAGUUCUGCAAAUGGUUAAAGAAUGUCGAAAAUGUGGUACAGAAGAGCGAAAAUGUGCAGCAGUUCAAUAAGAAUGAAGACGAUGAGAGCGGAAAUAAGGUGGAUUUGACGAAAGUUGCAGAGCUGGAGGCAAGUAAUCGAAGGUAUCGAGCAGCACUUGCUAGUCUUUCUUCUCACAUUGAUACAAUCGAGCAAGAAGCCAUUUCGAAGGAGAAAAUAUAUCUUAGUGAAAUUUCAUGCUUACGACAUGAAGUAAACGAGCAACUCAAAAAGCGACUAGAAAAUGAGCAUAAACGAAAGUUGGAGCUUAUUUCUCAAGCAUCCAAACUUUGUGAAAUAAUAAAUGGGUCGCAAAAAUAUGGUAAUGGCGGAGCCGAACCAACUGUGAAAAGUGAAAAUGCAUAUGAUUUUGGCGGUGCUAAUCAUAUUUAGAAAGGAAAUCAUACAAAAGUGGUUUGGUAAUGUAUGCAUGCUCGAUAUUCGUGUUCUUUAACCGGAUGAUUCCUACUAUACGAUUUCCUUGAUUGCUUUGCUUCCAUAAACUGUGAUUAAAUACCAUUCUGCGUCCG